AUGCCAACCACCACUGCAUCGGUGGUUUCUGACUCGAGGUCUCCUCAGAGUCCAGUUUCUACAUCAUUCAGCAACGACAAUAAAAGGCAAAUUCGUUCCAACCGAGAUGCUCGCAGUCCUACUCCCAACAGCAGUCCAGACACUAAAAAUCACAAGUCUGUUCUAAUUAGUCAGAAUCCAACUGCUACAUCCAAGACAUCACUUUAUGGUAGAGCUGGAGGUGCAUACAUUCCUCCGGCUAGACUUAGGGCAUUGCAGGCUUCCAUCACUGAUAGAUCAAGUGAAGAUUACCAGCGUAUGACUUGGGAAGCUCUCAAAAAAAGCAUUAAUGGUCUCGUCAACAAAGUCAGCGUUGCUAAUAUCAAGAACAUUAUCCCAGAGCUUUUUUCUGAAAAUCUUAUUCGUGGGAGAGGUUUACUGUGUCAAAGUAUUAUGAAAGCCCAAACUGCUUCUCUGCCCUUUACUCCCGUCUAUGCCAGUUUGAUUGCUGUUGUGAAUACCAAGUUUCCUGUUAUUGGUGAUCUAUUGCUUAAUCGACUUUUGGCCCAGUUUCGUCGUGCGUUCCGUCGCAGUGAUAAGACAGUCUGUUUGGCUUCCAGCAAAUUUAUCGCCCAUUUGGUGAACCAUCGUGUGGCAAACGAAAUCAUCGCUUUGCAGAUCCUUACUUUGCUAAUUGAAAGACCUACAGAUGACUCGGUUGAAGUGGCUGUUGGAUUCAUGCGUGAGGUUGGUACAUUUUUAACCGAGGAAUCUCCCAAAGCAACCAAUGCUGUUUUUGAGCGGUUCCGUAGUAUCCUGCACGAAAGUCAAAUCGAUAAGCGUACCCAGUACAUGAUUGAGGUAUUGUUUCAAGUACGAAAAGAUAAAUUCAAAGAUAAUCUGGCUAUCCCUGAAGGACUUGAUAUUGUGGAAGAAGCUGAUCAGAUCACUCACAUGGUCAGUCUUCCAGAUGAGCUAGUCACUGAAGAUAUCCUCAAUGUGUUCAAACUAGAUCCAGAUUUUUUAGACAGUGAGGAAAAAUACCAGGCUAUGAAACGAGAGAUUCUUGGAGAUGAUUCUGACGAGUCCGGAUCUGGUUCGGCAAGCGAUGCAGAUGGCAGUGACGAAGAUGAAGAGGAGGCAGAGGCAGGCUUUGAAGAUGCUCAAAAAAAGCUUGUGAUUCAAGAUGAGACUAAUACCAAUCUGAUUAAUCUUCGUCGUGGUAUUUAUCUUACCAUUAUGUCGAGUCUCAACUUUGAGGAAUGUGCACACAAGCUCAUGAAGCUCAAUAUUCAAUCAGGGCAAGAAAUUGAACUAUGCAACAUGAUUAUCGAGUGUUGUAGUCAGGAGCGUACCUAUGUUAAUUUCUAUGGAUUGCUUGGUGAGCGAUUUUGCCGUAUUAAUCAAGGAUGGGCUUCUAGCUUUGCGCAGGCUUUUGAAGAAACUUACAAAACCAUUCAUCGAUUUGAGACGAAUAGACUGCGUAACACUGCCAAGUACUUUUCCCAUUUGCUCGCUACUGAUGCUUUGACAUGGCAGGUUUUUGCUCUUGUGCGAAUUACUGAAGCCGAAACCACUGCAUCAUCGCGUAUUUUCCUUAAAACCAUUUUUCAGGAUUUGUCCGAGUCAUUUGGUCUUAAAAAAUUACGAGAAAGACUAUUUACAAGACUAUGA